GGGAGGGCCGGGCAGGGCGCGGCGCUGGUGGCGGCCGGCGGAGGAGGAGGAGGGUCGGUGCCGGUGCCGGUGCUGGUGCUGCCGGGGAGCUCCGCAAUAAUGUCGUCCCUGCUACUUCUGUACAUCCGACUUCAUACACGCUUGAAACACUGAUAAAGGUGAAGGCUGCAGGCACCGGCAGAAUGCAGCAGAUGCCAGGACUUUAUUCAACCACCAAGCUGGCCGUGCCCAUGUCGAUCUUCUGGGACAGAGCAUCCUAAAGAGCUCUGCAAAGGGAAGAGACCACAGCAAAGUCCAGGAGAAUGAAGAGACGCAAGUGUCCCUACAAAUGUCCCUCACGAAGGAAGAUCCUGAUCCUGUGUGUUACGGGGUGGCUGAUUGCACUGCUGAAGCUCCUUCAUGUCGAAAGACACUUUUUUCCCUCUAAGGGUAUUUAUUUGGUUGAGCACUUCUUGAGCACUUCUUCUUAUGUUAGAAACAGGUAUUCCUACCUUAGAAAUGAAUUCCAGUACGAAAUUAAUUGUUCAUCUAUAUAUGAACAAGAUCCCCAUGAAAUUGGCAAGAGUUUAGAAAUAAGAAGAAAAGAGAUAAUUGAUUUAGCUGAUGAAGAUGUCAUAGCAAUGACGAGUGCUUGCCAUGCAUAUCGUUCACUUAGGAAAUACCACCUAAAACCUGUUUCACCAGAGGAGGAGAGUUUUCCAGUCGCCUAUUCUUUGGUUGUUCACAAAGAUGCAGUAAUGGUAGAAAGGCUCAUACAUUCACUGUACAGUCAUCAAAAUAUUUACUGCAUCCAUUAUGACCAAAAAGCAGCAAAAAGUUUCAAAUCUGCUAUGAACAAUCUAGCUAAAUGUUUCCCCAAUAUUUUCAUUGCAUCAAAAUUGGAGACAGUGGACUAUGCACAUAUUUCGCGUCUGCAGGCAGAUUUCAAUUGUUUGUCUGAUUUGAUGGACUCUUCAGUUCCCUGGAAGUAUGUUAUUAAUUUGUGUGGCCAAGAUUUCCCUUUGAAGUCAAAUUUUGAAUUGGUUGCUGAACUGAAGAAACUCGAUGGAGGAAACAUGCUGGAAACUAUAAAGCCAAGCAGUAGCAAAAGAGAACGAUUUACUUAUCAUUAUGAACUUAUGAAAGUGCCUUAUGAAUACAUGCAGAUGCCUGUAAAAACCAACAUUUCUAAGGAUCCGCCACCUCAUAAUAUUGAGAUAUUUGUAGGCAGUGCCUAUUUCGUUUUAAGCCGAGCAUUUAUUCAAUAUACCCUUGAAAGCUCUCUUGCAAAAGAUUUUUUUGAGUGGUCAAGGGAUACAUACUCUCCGGAUGAACAUUUCUGGGCCACUCUGGUACGCGUUCCUGGGGUCCCUGGGGGGAUUCCAAGGUCAGCCCAGGACAUAACAGACCUACAAAGCAAAACUCGUCUGGUGAAAUGGAAUUAUCUUGAAGACCAUUUGUAUCCUCCCUGCACUGGUACCCACCUUCGCAGUGUCUGCAUCUAUGGGACUGCAGAAUUAAGAUGGCUUCUGAAUUAUGGGCACUGGUUUGCCAACAAAUUUGACUCCAAAGUAGACCCUGUCUUGGUAAAAUGCUUGGCAGAAAAACUGGCAGAACAACAGAAAGAGUGGGUGUACUUGUCCUCUGAUAAAUACUUUCUGCACAUAAAUUCUAUGAAUGCAUCUCUAUAGCAGCACUGUCUUCCCUGCUUUCGGUACUGUGUACUGUUAUAGCACAGCACCUGCAGUUCCUCUGCCUUGACCUGCUGCAGGAUGUUAGCAAGCGAAACAUCUGUUCUGCAUAAAGUUCAGGGCCCUUGAGAGCCCUUUUCAUUUAUUUAUGAAAAGUCAUGCCUCUCUGAUUAACUGUUUUGUAACUUGCCACAAUAAUCCUGUAAUUGUUCUUCAGCAUGAUUCUGAGAGGGUGAAGUUUGCUUUUGGAGGCUCUGGUGCUGUCUGUCCCAAUGGAGUAUUUCAGAAAUGUGUUUUACAUCAAGGGUGUUUGCGUCUUUCCUAAGAAACUCCAGCACAUCUGUCUGUCCAUCCCCUUUUCCUUCACUUUUGCUUUUCUUAGAGGUAUGAAACAAAGACCUCUGUAUCUGCUACCUCAGGAAAACUGGAAGUGCCCAGCUCACGGACAAAACCAAGAGAUCAGCAUGACACCAAAUGAGCCAUGUGGCCUCACCUGAAUUCCCAAACUUCCCGUCUGUGGGAGCUGGCAAAGAUCUUUGCAAUGUGAAUAUGACUGGAUGAUAUAAGGGAAAGAAGAUCCUUAGAUACUGCAUUGUCUGUAGCAUUGUUCUCCUCUCCCAGCUCAUCUCUGCAUUGCUUUUCCUUCUGUGAAGUGUGUGUGCUCAGGUGCUGUGCCAUGCCUGUGAAAUCAGUGGUGGUUGAUUGAAACAGAAUUAUGCGCUGUUAUUCUUCAAAGGUAGUACCUGAGCGUGCCCUAAGGGUAGUCUCUGCAUCCCCUUAGAGUAGAUAUCCAUGCCCAAAGAGGUCAAUCUUCAUUUCUAUCUCUGCCCAUAGAAAUAUCCUCCUGUGAAAUGCCAGUCCUCUUGAGACAGUAUGUCUAACACACAGUGGAUAACAAGUGCUAUUUCUAGUUGGUGUUCAGCGAUGUGGUGCUAUGUUGAAAUGCACCGCAUGCGAAGUCGAGCAGUAAUCAUAAGAAUAGACGUAUUGCAGAGAUGCAGACCCUGUGGAGAAGUGUCUUUCUGCAUAAGUCUCAUGGCCUUGUGCUACCACGAUCCCAGGCUGACGGGUGCCUGAGCAAGCCCUGGUUCAGCUGUAGAGCAACUGUUCUCCAACAGCCUUUGCUUCCCAUGGCCCUGCCAGGAGCCUACUUGCAGCCGGGCUCCCCAUGCUACGGUGUGAGGGAAGUGUUUGUUAGUGUAGGGGUCUCUGCAGAAACUGUUGCAACUCAGAAGUGCCCCUUGGCAUUUGGAGGGUUCCUCUGGAACGUUGCUCUGCCACAAGUUGGGUUUCAGUGGUUCCAGUGGACCCUGGGGUCUAGCUUGCUCCGUGCUGCUGUCGUCUUUCUACCCAUCUGGCUUUUAUUAAGGGGCCUCUUCCCACAAGUAACUUUGGGUUAUCUGGUCUUAUCGAUCCAUAAAUUGCUGCAAUAAUGACCAUGUCUUGUACCCAUGAGAAAUCUUUGUUUCUUAUUUGAGUUGAAAUAACCAAGUCAUUUUUUGGUCUCAGUUUUUGUUUAUAAAUUUAGUCACGGUCAAAUCAUCUGUGGCUUAAGAUUGUGUUUGAGAGUCAGGAGUCCUGGUCUUUUUCCUCAUUUGUGACACUGAUUUCCUA